CACUGCAGGCUGCAGGCUGAGACUUUUUUUGGGACCUGCUGGAUGCUUGGAUUUGGGUCUGGGCUCCGGCAAUGAGAUUGUGCACUGGAAGGGUGGGGAGAAGGAGAGCCAGGGAACGUCUUCCUGGAAAAAUACUUAGGAGACUGACAGCUUUUUAUGUUCCACUUUGUUUGCAGAAAGUUCCACUUUCAAACUAUAGUUAACAUCUGGCUUCUGAGGUUUGCCAGCGGAUGUUACAGUGGUUUCACCAUGUAGAAGGAAGGUGGCUAUUUUUAGUCCUCCUACAUGCUCUGGGGUGUUCCAAGCCUUGAUUUAGAAGUUUUAUAGGGAUUAUUUAGGGGCUAUUAGUGCUUGCAUAUCUUGAAAGUCUCAAAAGAUAUCAGUGCUGCUUUGCUGUAUACUGCACACUAGCUUAUAAUUUAGAUACUAACAGUGUUAGAGCAUCAUCCAGCAAUCCCCAAAUAUCAAGACACCAGAAAACUAGAGGAAGCCAUUUGUGUUUUUAGCACACAUGCAUUUCAUAGGUCUGAUCAGAUUCUUUCUGCAAAGCAAAUACAUGCUCCUGUACCUCCCCUCUGCCAGUCAGAAAUGCGCUGGCUGCAUUUGGCUUUGGAAAUGCAUUAAAUGACAGAUGAAGGAAAUCCUUGAGGCUGAAGAACAGACUGGAGUCAGGAGAUCUGCUGGUCAUUUCCAGCUCAGCUGUGCUCUUCCUGUGCAACUUGAAUUACCAAACUGCUUUGUGUCUGCUUCUUAUCUGUGAAAUGUGAAUAUUACAGAGGUGAACUCAGUAACCUUUGUAAAGCAUGUUGGGAAAGCAUUAGGCUUGUUGAUGGUGAUAAGCAUGCUUUCAAGGCAGGUGAAAAGAAGCAAAUCUGUAUUAAAUAUGCCUUUGAAACAUACGGCCAUCUUUGAUUUGGGAUUGUAUCUGUAAAGAACUUCUGAUGUGAUUUAUUGGUAAAUUUAAAUUGGUAAAUUAGUUAAAAUUCCAUAAAUGCUUUAAUGCCAGCAAAUCCCUCAAGUAGAAUUAUACACAUUUUUUCUGACUUCGAAAGCUUCCAAAAUGAGUGCUUACUGCAGAAGCUUGUGUUGCUAACAGGGAUUGAUUCUUAGCACAGUAGGAAUGAAAGUAAUAUGAUUUUACUGUCUUGCAAUGCAAAUCUUUUGUGCAUGCAUCCGAGGAGCUCACACAUGCAUAGUGCAGCAGUAGCACUUUAGAGGAGCCCCUCUGAAGCAGCGCUUUGCAAAAUUUCAAUCUGUGGAUCCACCCAAUUUUGAAAAAGAAAAAAAAAAAGACAAAUUAUCCUGCUUGAAUGGCUUUGAUUCCCAAGCAGCUGCAAUUUACGCUAAAAUUUGAAUGUUGUAUUACUUUGAUUUCUUCUGCUUUGCUUGUUAGUAUAGGUGUCAAUGCAUGUGGUUCUAUAUAGUAUUUUUGCAGCUGUUUGCCAGAUCGUAUUCCCAUCCUACAGACCACUGAUCAAAUGGCAAUGUAUUGCUAUUUGAGGCAGAUAAUCAAUGCAUUUAUUUAGGGCUUUCUCCAGAGCUAAUUAGAAAGCGAUGUGUAUGAGCCACUGGAAUGGAAAGACAAAGGUUAUAGUGCAACUGGCAUGUAAUGAGAAAGGAGCAGAUGAAAAGUUUCUUUCUGUAAGUGAAUUGAACAGGUUUAAUAAUUCAGGUUGGUUUCUGAUAGAAGAUGCAUACACUGACUGAAUAAGUGGUUUUUUUUUUAUGUAGUAAAAACAGUCAUUUCCAUGAUAACCACUGCUGUGAUGGCAGCACUGGAAAUCGUCAGUCCCAGUGGAUAAGUGGAAAGUAACUGAGCUCUAAUUACAUUUUAGGACCUUUUAAUAAAAUUUGGAAAGAAAGCAAUAAAUAUGUUUUCUCUAGGAGGCUCUGUUGUAUCCGGAGUCUCCUAAUCUCUGUGUUUGUGACAGCAGUUUGGUAAUAAAAUUAUUGAUCACGUCCAUAAGCAACCUUCUAACCUCAGUUAGUAGUGAUGAUAAAUGAACUACAACUAGUGUUCCCCUGUUGCUGUUUUGCAACAAGAAAAAAGUGCAAAGGUUACCUUUUAUCAUGUUCCCGGGUGGAGACACACUGCCUGGACUUUUACUUAGUUAAAUGAUGGUGAUAAAUUUAUUUAUGACACCUAGGUCACGAGCACUUGGCCCUUUACAUUUUUGCUAGCUCGUAUUAAUUGAAAAUCAUUUUUAAUACUGCUGCUAAGUUCCAGGAAUUUGGCAGCUCCUGUGUAGUGGUAGAUCAUGGAUUAUGCAGAAAGAUCAGCUAUUUAAUAGUCACUGAUUAUAAUACUGAUGUAUAGCUGUCGUUGCUAGUGUAACAAAUUGAUACAGUUUUAUGUACAACUUCAAAAUGAACACAAUAACAUGCACUUGCAAUGCAAGCAUCCUACCCACACAAAAUAGGACAAAUACCACAGUUUUGCCCUAUAAAUACUCCAGAAUCUUUUUUUCCUCACCAUUUACAGAACAUGACCAACUAUCCAUCACAUUUCAGCCUUCACUGAAAAUACGGCAUAACAAAGGAUGUUAAAACUUCUCAGACGUUCUCAAAUUUUGAUUUUCUCUCCUGGCAGAGGGAAGGGUAAUGGAGAAAGGAGAUGGGAAAAAUCUAGAGACUGAAGUGUCCCCUUAUACUUUUAUAUAUCUAUAAAUUAUGAAGCAUUAACUCAGGCAUGUGUUGUGUUGCAUUUAUAGCUGUGGGUUUUUCUUUCAUGCAGCCAAGCACGUCUGUUGAGUGUGGGAUGUUAUUUAUGAUCGGUAUCAUUAUGCCAGCACAAGUCCCUUCGUGCAAUUUCAGGUAGUGGCAAAUUUUUUGCAAUUUCAGUGAUAGAACUUGCAUCCUCAUUAGCAAGAUUGUCCACAGUGCACAGAUCAGGUCAUAGAGUCAUUGAAUGGAGUCACAGAAUUGUUUGAGUUGGAAGGGACCUUUGGAAGUCAUCUAGCCCAGCUCCCUGCAGUGAACAGGGACAUCUUGUGCUGCUCUGGAGAGUUACCCUCACCUUGUGUAACACUCCCUCUGGAGGCAGUUUUUGAUGCCAAGUUUAUGAAAUGUACUCUGUAGUCUAAGUAGUAAUUGCAAAACCUGGCUCUUAUCCGGCUGCAGUGGUUAAGUUAAGAUUUCAGUGGUUAAACAACUGAACUGAUCUUGCGUACAUUGGUGUUAAUGAGUAACACAGAAUGCCAGUGGCAACAUAGCUCCCCUGCGUGCAGCAGAGUUGUACUGGUGCCAGAUUGAGGUCACAGCAGAGCUGAGCCCUUGCAGCUGCAGGACCUGCACUGGGAAAUCAGUCUGGGCCAGGGAGAGGAGAAGUACAUCCCAGCUGGCUGUGGGCUCUGUGAUGCAGGCAUCUCAUCUACGUGGGUUCCUCACAGCAUUUUGGCCACUGGUUUCUGCUCCUGGUGCUGCACGGCUGAGCUGAUUGUAGGUCCCACAGAUACUAUUGAGUGGGAGCUCAACUUGACUGCCUGAGCACAAACACUCAGUGCUUUUUGAGGAGCCCUGGGCAGUUCCUCUGCCCUGUCUCCAGGGGCUGCUUCAGGAUAGUCAGGCCUCCUGUAGGGCCUGCUCUGCACUUGUGUGAUGCGUGGAGUAUGGAGAUAUUGCAGGUUCUUUAGCAUGCCAAGUGAUGAAAUAUUGGUGGUAGGUGAAUGGUUGCACUGAUGAUCUUGGAGGCCUUUUCCAACAUUGGUGAUUCUAUGAUGCUGUGUUUGAAAUGGCAUUGGGUGAUUGUGUUUAGGCAAAAGAAUCUUGCAACAGGUUUCCACAGAUUACAGUGAGAGCUUUAACAUCUAGUUAACAUACAGACACUGCAGACAUCAGCGCUUAGGUGUGGGUUAUCUGGAGCUGAAUAUCACCCUAACAGUUCAGACGGACACAUUACAUGGGAACAGUAGCCAAUAAAAACAUGUAGUCUGGAUUGAAGUAAGUGUUUAUUUUAAAUGGUUGUAUCUGUAGAAAUUCUGCUGGCAGGAAAAAGAAAAAUGGUUGAAAUACAACUCAUACACUGGUAUAGGAAUGCCAGGAUAAAAUUUAUUAAUCUGCACCAGUAUAAAUCAUUAGAUCUGUUUGUGUUUGCAGACUUACGAAUCUUAACUGAGGGCGCAGCCCAAAGGACAAGCUGAAUGAUCUUCCUUGCUAACACUGGUAACCCUGUUCUGUAGCCUGCCUGGCAGGCGUGAAUUUCAGAAAGACCAGCAUGGACUCAGCUUUCAUUAGACCUUCAGUUCUUGGGAAUCUUGAAAUUCCUUGAAAUUUCUGACCAGCACUUAGAAUUCUGGAGUCAGCGUGUGACAUCUGAUCUUUGCCCUACAUUAAGUGCCAUGCAUAUCUAUACCCAUGUCUGUAAACGUCAAAUAUAAACCCCAUUUCACUUGUAAGGGAUUAAUCAAGAGGAGAUCAUUUGAGGUCAUUGGUGCUAUAUCAGUAUGAAGCUCGUGAUAAUUGGAGCUUGCUUAAGUGCCUGAACUAUUGGAGUCUAUGAAUUUCAUGCUGGGUAUUUUAUUCCUGGCAGUCAGCAUCUCUUGACUGGGCCCCUCCUGCCUGAGUAGGUGACUUACAGCAGUGGUUAUCAGGUUAUCAGUCUGGUUUCCUCUGAUUUUUUGCUAGGAGAGGAUUACUAUUCCUCUGUUGUUACUAUUCUUCAGUGCAAGUUAUGGGUGUAAGCCUAAAAAUACAUGUCCUUCAGGAUUGUUUAUUGCACAGCAGAUCAGAUGCUGUCAUUUGAAUCAACUACUGUAGGUGGAGUGCUACAGGAGAACAGUCCUCUCUUUGCAAAUGUUAUUGCUCAAGAUAAGUGUGUAAAAAGCAGAUUAGGAGAUGACAUGUGACGUGUCCUUCCCUCAGUCUAAAAGUGCAGGUCAUGAGAUGAACUUUGCCUGACUGGUUAUGCAGGGAGUUUAUUUGCACUCAUGGUUCUUAGAGACAAGACUUGGAAAAAAGAGAAAUAUAAAAUGACUCUGAACUCCUGUCUCAGUUACUGUAUAUGUGGAGACCCUCUACCUGUGUCUGAUUCAGAGGUUGUUUCUGAUGACCAUUGGAAGAAGUCCCCAUCCCAGGAUGAAGAAAAGACAGACACGCAAAGGGUCACACCCAGGAGAUGGGGCUCUGGAAAAAGGUCUCGGCCCAGACCACUCUCAGACUAUGGCCAAAUGUCAAUCAGAAGUAUCUCCAUACCUGAAGAUGCAGUUGCUGUGGAGGCACAGAAGACAGACUGCACGGAUGGAGAAAAUCAGCCAGGACUGGCUUCUGUUGGGUCUGUGAUCCAAAGCAAUACAGUAGGCUACUCCAGAGGGCGAAAAAGAAGACCCAUCUCUGUAAUAGGUGGGGUCAAUUUCUAUGGAAGCGGUCCUGCAGAAGAAAUUGAAGGUCUGCUGACACAACCCACCACGCGGCCGCCCGUCCCCGCACACCAGGUGCCCCCCUACAAAGCCGUCUCUGCCAGGUUCCGGCCCCUCACCUUUUCACAGAGCACUCCCAUUGGCCUGGACCGCGUUGGGCGACGGCGGCAGAUGAGAACAUCUAAUGCUGCUGCAGAUGGCGGGACCGAAUCUUCAGCAUUGGUGGAUGACAAUGGCAGUGAGGAAGAUUACAGCUACGAAGAGCUCUGCCAAGCCACACCAAGGUACCUGCAGCCUGGAGGGGAACAGCUCGCCAUCAAUGAGCUGAUAAGCGAUGGCAGCAUUGUCUAUGCAGAAGCUCUCUGGGACCAUGUCACUAUGGAUGAUCAAGAGCUGGGCUUCAAAGCUGGAGAUGUCAUUAGAGUCCUGGAAGCUUCCAACAAAGACUGGUGGUGGGGAAGAAAUGAGGACAAAGAAGCCUGGUUUCCAGCUAGCUUUGUCAGGCUGCGAGUUAAUCAGGAAGAACUGCCAGAAAACUGCAAUAGUAUCCAGGAUGAAGAACAAGAUGCAGAUAUUAGCAAGCAUCGUCAGAAAAUAGCUGAAAACAAGGAUCAGAUGAGAACCAACGUUAUACAGGAAAUUAUGAACACAGAACGAGUCUAUAUCAAGCAUCUCAAGGACAUCUGUGAGGGUUACAUUCGGCAGUGUCGCAAACAUACAGGAAUGUUCACCACAGCCCAGCUGAGCACCAUUUUUGGAAAUAUUGAGGAUAUUUACAAAUUCCAAAGAAAGUUUUUAAAGGAUCUUGAGAAACAGUACAACAAAGAAGAACCUCAUCUGAGUGAGAUAGGGUCAUGCUUUCUCCAACAUCAAGAAGGCUUUGCUAUUUAUUCAGAAUAUUGUAACAAUCAUCCCAGUGCCUGCAUUGAACUUUCCAAACUAAUGAAACAGGGCAAAUACCGUCACUUCUUCGAGGCCUGUCGCUUGCUUCAGCAGAUGAUUGACAUUGCCAUCGAUGGUUUUCUUCUCACGCCUGUUCAAAAAAUCUGCAAAUACCCUCUGCAGCUUGCAGAAUUGCUCAAAUACACCACGCAGGAGCACAGUGAUUAUAACAACAUAAAAGCUGCUUAUGAGGCCAUGAAGAAUGUGGCAUGCCUAAUCAAUGAGCGAAAACGAAGAUUGGAAAGCAUAGACAAGAUUGCACGUUGGCAAGUGUCUAUAGUAGACUGGGAGGGACCGGAUGUGUUAGCCAGAAGCUCGGAACUGAUCCACUCAGGAGAACUGACCAAAAUAUCAAAGCAAGGCAAAAGCCAGCAGAGGACUUUCUUCCUCUUUGACCAUCAACUUGUGUUCUGUAAGAAGGACCUACUGAGAAGGGACAUCUUGUAUUAUAAGGAUCGUAUCGACAUGGAUGAGAUGGAGCUUGUAGACACUGAGGAUGGCAGAGACAAAGACUUUAACAUUAAUGUCAAGAAUGCUUUUAAGAUAAUAAACAGAGCAACAGAAGAGGUUCAUUUGUUCUGUGCAAAAAAGCAGGAGGAUAAGAAGAGAUGGAUGGAGGCAUGCGAAAGUGAAAGGAGAAGAGUUCGAGAAGAUAAGGAAAUGGGAAUGGAAAUCUCAGAAAACCAGAAGAAACAAGCCAUGCAGAACGCCCGUAAGUCAAGGCAUGGAAAAAUGAAAGGUGUAAGCUAUAAUGGGUGUCCUGUGCCUCCUCUGCACCAGAGCUUGCAUCCCAUCCAUCAGCGCCACAUCACCGUGCCCACCAGCAUCCCACAGCAGCAGGUCUUCGCCCUGGCAGAACCCAAGCGGAAGCCAUCCCUCUUCUGGCAUACCUUCAACAAACUCACCCCGUUCAAAAAGUGAAGGGCGCCAGCAUGGAGGGAGACUUAUUCCAAGGAAGGACCUUGGAGACCCAGUUAGGCGUAUUUAAGCUCAGUGAAUCUCCAGUUUUGGAGGAAAAACCGUGGGCUCCCUUGAGCCAGAAAUAAAACUUUGUCUAGAAGAAUAAUGAAGUGGCUCAGCCCUGCUCUGAAGUAAAUGUUGCCAAGUGUCAGCAUUGCUAAUGAAGAGCAGUUUCCUUUGGACAAAGACAGCUUACUGUUACUCUAAAGCAGCAGUAUUUGAUCUGUUUCUUAGUUAUGCUGAAGUAAUGAUAGAACUGUGCAGGUCAUUGUAACAUUUCAUUUUUCUUAAUCUUACGCUGAUGGCCAAAUUUAGUACAGGGAGGGAUUUUUCCUUAAGGGUAUGUGAGCAAGGAGUCUUGGGGGAGUUUUCUCCUUUUGGAGAACCAAGCAGAGCUGCCCAUUAAAAUCAGGUGGAUAACAUGCCUAAUCCUUCCUGUCUUUUUCUAUUAAAUUGCCAAGUGGCAGGAGAAUGUCCCACAGGGCCUUACCAUAUUCCAGAUUGGAACAGGGGAGUUUUAUUCUGUCAUAUAGAAACAUGAAGAGAGUGCAAAAUGGACUACAAAGAUGUGUGCAUUUAUUGCAUACAAGUGGAUACAAGAGGCGCCCAGGGCAUCUCUGAUUUCUUUCAGUCAGAGCAAUAUACUGCUUGCAUGUAUACUCUUCAGUAUAGAGCUUUUAUAUCACUUCUUGUGCACUUCUUAGCCUGGGAGACGCUUCUUUAUAUUCCCAGUAUGCUUAUUUCUCUGUGAAAAAAGUUUUUUUUUUUUUUUAAUGGAGAUAAUGUGAAUGUACAAUGUCAGAGGUGAGACAGUACGAGCUGACUGCUGACUGAUGGCUAUGCUACUUAGCCCACACACUUUGUACUCAUGUAGCUUCACUUAGAAAAUGGAUGAAUGGUAAUGGAAAUGUCUCCAUUAAGUUCUCAGAACAGUCUGGAUCCAUGCUUCUUCUAUACUGGAAAUCAACAAUGAGUUGUGACCAGAUUUCUUCACAAAGAAAGAGAAGUCCUUACUGGAAGGGACAGAAUAAUUAUGUGGAUCAAAGAUGGAUUUCUGUCUCAGAGUCAUUGGCCUGUGCUGGAAGGGGAAGGAUCUGGCUGGAGAAAAGUCAGCUCUGGUCACAUCCACAGGAUGUGAUCUGCAUUGCUGUGAGUUGAUCUGGAAGAACAACUUCUAAGUGCCACCAAGAAGAAACAGGAUCUCACUAUUUGCAGCACUGAUCAUUUCUACUCGCUAACUCACAAAGAAUGGCAAGACUAUUGGUAAUAUGGAAGGAAAAGAGGACUCCUUAUGUUUCAGAACUGAUUUGUUAUGAAUGUCUUUCAAAUACUUUAUCCUAUGCUGCUGAUUAGGGGCAUUAUCAAAUGAUAAGUGUAGAUCCAAGAGUAUUCUUUGACAGUGGAUGCAAUCACCUUUGUAAUGAAUCUGUAAUAUAUGAAGAACAAACAAUGGGCUAGAGGCCAGGCAUCUUAAUAACAAUGUAAAAAAAGCCUUAUUUUAAACAUGUAUUUGUUCCUACUGCUAUUCUUACCUCUAACUUUCUACUUAUCAUCAGUGUUGAAGCCCACUACUCUGAUGGUUUUAUGUGGUAACUUUCUGCAACUUCUGCAAAGUGCAGGUUUGUAGUUUUGAUUUUAAAUGACAUCUGUGACGACUGUACAUUUCAAAUGCCUUGUGUAUAUAGCUCAGCAAUAAUGCAAAGUCUGGUGAUGCUCAGCCAAAUUGUUCACUCCAUAGUGAACUUCAUUGCUUGUGCUUUUCUGUAGUGAUAGAAGAUGACCUGAAACAGUUAGGAACUGGAAAUAUGCACUGACAUUUACAACAGCCCAGCUUAAAGACAGCGCACAAGAAGGACAGUGACAAAAGCUGGCUGGGUUCAGUUCUCGUGUUUAAAACAAGCUGUCUAAGAGAUAAUGUGGCAUGCUCAAUUUAAACUGAUGAACUGACUUCCAAAUGCCAGUGUAGAUGCAUGCCCUUCCACAUAACUGAGCAACCCUUCUCUGCUUCUUACAUACCCAUUUUCACAGGUACAUCCCAUGUUCAGGCCUGCAAGCCAAAGCAGUGCACAUAUCAUGGAAGCGGAGAUAUUUCGUAUCCACAUUUUGAAAGAUUUGUUCCAGAUGCAAACACAUCUGAAGUUGGAUUGCAGUUCAGAUGCAGAAACUUUCCCAGAGUGACCUGGAGACAUUGUGAGAGUUAGAUUCACAAUUUUGUCUUUGAUGAAAAGAUUUUGGGAUGUAUCUUCUGUCACAUCAGUGCCCAUAAAGGCUCCUCCCAUGUAGUAGUGCUGGUGCCUUAGCCCUAACAAUGAACAGAAAUGUUUGUAUGUGGUUUUGGAUGCAGCAGGUUGUUUUGUUGUGUUUUGUUUUUUUCCCUUAAGAGAACUUUCAAAAAGAGAAAAUGUUUCAUGGUGCAAAUUACUCAGGACAGUUUUAUAUAUAGUGCCCUACUUGUAGAUGUGUUUUAUAAUGUCCUCUGUGUCUUUCUUUGCAAUCUUCAAUAGCUGAAGAGGCUACCAACACUGUACUUUAUUGGGUUAUAUAUUUGUCAGUCAAAGAAUGUGCUGGCUAUACAGCAAGACUGAUAAAAUGUAAGGAGGCAGGCCAAAUUUGAACUACACCAUAAUCUUUUAAAUGAAUUACGGUUAAACAAAAACACAAUUACGUUAUCCAACAAGUAAGGCAAAUGUUUACUCGGGGAUCAGUCUGAUUUCAGAGUCUGUGGGGAAAAGAGCUGCUAAUAAAAUGUAAAAUUUUCAGCUCUAGCAUCUCUGUCCUUUAACAGAACAUGAAAGUCUUGACUUUCCUGAUGACAAAACUUACCUUCAGAAAGCUGUCUUUUCCACUCACUUUUGUUUGCUAUAAGUUACUGUCAAAUGCUCUAGGGCAACUACUAAGCAUACUUGUGCCUCAUUUAGCUAAAGCACAGCCAGAGCCUUCCUGAUGGCCUGCUGAGCAGACAACCUCAGACUUUUUGCAUGAGAUGCAGUAAAAUGUAAUUGUCUUCAAAUGUGUUCCCACUGAGUUAGGAUAAUGCCAAACCAUAAUUGCAUCUAACUGGGAGCAUUUGAUGUAUAAAAUAAUACGAUUGUUUUACAAGUGGCUCUUGCCAUGCUAAAUUUCACAUUGAGUUUUAGUGGUCGGUGUAGUGAAGGAGUUCAAAGACAGACUGCUUAAAUGUUCUGCGUUUUAGCUGUCUUUUGAAAAUAAUUGGAGCAGAGUUUUGGAGCCAAAGGUCUUUAGCCAUAACUAACACAGUACCUUUCCUCGACCGCCUUUCUGCUUUUUUUCUAUAUGUGGCAUCAGUGUGUAGGAGAUGCCUUCUGAACGAUCUCUAAUUUAAAACUAUUUGUUGUAAAUACUAGGGAUGAACUUGCGUGUGUAUUUUAUUUUGACAAGUGUUUUGUAACAUUUUAUCUUACUUCGUGCAUCUCACCAUCUGUGUGCUGUUACAUGUGCUGUAAAUCAAGCGUCUUGGCUACAGAGCAGAUGAGUUGGCUGUUGACGGCUGAAACACAAUGUAUAGGACUGCAGUGUCUUCAUGUGUAUUUGUUCUGAAGUAAUUGCAUUACAAUGUUUGUUUACUCUUGGAACGUUGUCAAAUGAAUCUAUUUUCUGGAAAUAAGUACAAACUUCCAUUCCCAUUGUUUUCCUCUCGUUGUAUGUGUUUUAAUUAAAUAAUGUACAGCUGAAGUUCUUCAGCUGUGUCUUAUAAAA